GAAGAGGAAGCAAGAAAGCAAAUUUUUUUGUAACGAUGCCUAUCAACAGAAUUGCGAUUGGAACGCCGGGGGAAGCUAGUCGUCCCGAUGCGAUUAGAGCAGCUUUCGCGGAGUUUUUCUCGAUGGUUAUAUUCGUUUUCGCGGGUCAAGGCUCUGGAAUGGCUUAUGGAAAACUAACUGGAGAUGGUCCAGCCACACCUGCCGGUCUUGUGGCCGCGUCUUUGUCUCAUGCGUUUGCGUUGUUCGUUGCGGUUUCCGUUGGAGCUAACGUUUCAGGUGGUCAUGUGAACCCGGCGGUUACAUUUGGGGCUUUUAUUGGUGGAAACAUAACGUUGUUGAGAGCUAUUCUUUAUUGGAUCGCUCAAUUACUCGGAGCAGUCGUAGCUUGCUUGUUGCUCAAGGUAAGCACUGGCGGGAUGGAAACGGCUGCGUUUUCGCUAUCAUAUGGAGUGACGCCCUGGAACGCAGUCGUUUUCGAGAUUGUGAUGACGUUUGGGUUAGUUUACACGGUUUACGCUACUGCCGUGGAUCCCAAGAAAGGUGAUAUUGGAAUCAUUGCGCCUUUGGCGAUUGGGUUAAUCGUUGGAGCUAACAUUCUGGUUGGUGGUGCUUUCGACGGUGCAUCGAUGAACCCCGCGGUUUCAUUUGGUCCGGCCGUGGUUAGCUGGAUUUGGACGAAUCAUUGGGUCUAUUGGGUUGGUCCUUUUAUCGGUGCAGCCAUUGCAGCUAUUGUUUAUGAUACUAUCUUUAUCGGUAGUAAUGGACAUGAACCACUUCCUUCUAAUGAUUUCUAAGUUAGGUUUUUUUUUCUUGUGUCUUGUGAAACAAGAAAUCUACAGUUGUAGCCUACUAUGGGUAUUUUGAGGGAGAUAUGUGUUUUUAAUUGUUUUUCACUACUUUUGUUGUUUUAAGUAAUUAAUAAAUUGAUUGGUGGAAAAUUUACACUAAUUUAAAUUAGAUUAAACUAUUAUGUGGGGUAUACGUAGUAUUCUGCCAUACUUAAGGAAUUCAUGUACAAACGAAUUUUAUUGGAGGCAUAUUCUUGAGAUUAUGCUUCCAUGGUGAAAACUGAAAAUAUAUCAAACAUAAUGGGACCCGCC